AUGUCGUGUCCCGAAUAUACCGAUCGUAUUCCGUUUUGGCAGGAAAAAAUAAGAAACGGGAACAGGAAAAAAAAUGGGAACAGGAAUGGGAACGAAUUCGGGAAGGGGUGUUUCCCGACCGUAUUCACGGAUCCCGUAUUUGGGCGGGAAAAUUACCGCGGUAUUCCCGUAUUACAGUGGCUAAACGGCCCAAACCUCGUAUCUAGCCCAGCGACCCAUUCAGCCAAAUACCUUCAGAUCUCCUACAAUUACGACAUUCGCUCUAUUAAAGACUUGUCUUUUCUCCUUCUGUUUUGUCUCCUCGUUCUCUGCACCUUCGCCUUCGGAAUUUUCGCCGCUGUCCGUAGAAACCCUCACCGCCGCCAAAUUUCGUCUUUCGUCUACAACACGACGUCGUCCUCUUGCUCUCUGCUGAAAAACAGUGUUGAUUUCUCUGUAAAUGCUCCAAAGUCGUCACUUUUCACCGACCUGAUUGAUAAUUCACCCUUUUCAGACAAGCCCACAACCUUAAACUCCAUAAAUUCGAGUCUUGUUAAGAGCUUGAUAUGUACACUUGUGAUAACCCUGUUUUUAAGCGGCCCAUUUGUGCUCUCCGUGCUUAUGCUGCUCAAACGCUACACGAAGCAGAUAGUUUACGCCUCGAUUCCCUUUUUUGUGAUAGUCCCGAUCGCCAUUAACGUCUACUGGUUCGUUGCUUGUACAGUGAGCUCAACCUGCAGCCAUGCCUUUCCCCUGGCGUAUCGAAUUUUAGUCCUGAUUUUCAUGUUCUUGAUAAUUGGAAUUAUCGUGUGGAUUUUCUUGAUCAACUGGCAUAGAGUUGAGCUAACUGUGGGAAUAAUUGGAGUGGCUUCGAACGCAUUGUGGAGAAAUUUAGGCUUGUUGGCAGUUCUUCCAGCUCUGAGUCUUGGGUUGUUCGUUUACUAUGUCCCGGUUAUUGUGUUUUUUAUAUUCGCCAAUUGGAACGGGAAAAUCGUGCCUAGAGAAAAGAAUGGGGAGUUUGUUUGUGUGUGGAAACAGGAUAACUGGGUGCCGGCUUAUUACACAUUGGCGAUUUUAACAAUGUUGUGGUCUAUGGCUGCUAUGGUGGAAGCUCAGGUGUAUGUUAUCAGUGGGACCAUCGCACAAUGGUAUUUUUCGAAAGAUGAUGAGUCGGGGCCUAAGCACAGAAUCAGAAGCUCCUUGAGAAAUGCAUUCGGUCCUUCCUCGGGCACAAUUUGCUUCUCGGGAUUGCUAAUAUUUGUCGUGCGGAUAGUUCGAGCAGUAGUCGAUAGCGCGAGGCAGGAAGAUUCAUCAAGAAUUGUGAACUUAAUCCUACGGUGCUGUGCGAAUAACCUCCUCUCGGCCGUUGAUUUCCUCAACAAGUUCACAAUCAACUUUGCUGCCAUAACCGGCGAGGCCUAUUGUAAAUCCGCCAGGAUGACUUACGAGCUCUUGAAACGCAACCUCUUCUCGACCGUGUUCGUUGAGACUGUCUCGACUCGGAUAUUGUUCGGGAUUGUUCUUGUGUUGUCGGCAGUUUAUGCCAUUGCGGUCUUUGUUCUCCUAAAAGCCGUUAUCCACCUAGGUGACGAUGCAUACUUUGUGGCUGCCAUGGCUUGGGCUCUGCUUGUUGUGAUUCUCGGCUUUUUUGUUCUCGUUUUGGAUAAUGUAAUAGACACAGUUUACGUGUGCUACGCCAUAGACAGGGACAGGGGAGAAGUUAACAAGCAAGACGUGCACGAUUUUUAUGUUCACCUGCCGAUUAACCGGAGCCAACAAACAGGUUUUCUACCCAGAAAUCAUCUUGUUGUGUAA